AUGCCAUUAUUUGUACUGUUCAUCAUGCUCGUCGAUGUUACCAACUGCCUCAAAUGUUUCUCAUGUGCAUCAGCUGACUACGAACCACUUUUUGAGAGAUCUGCGACACUGCGGCAUUCUUUAAGUAUUCCACGAUUCGGAGACCUCUGUGAUAGUGUUGAAAAGUUGCACGCAAUCGCACCUGUUGAAACAUGUCCAUCUACGUGCAUCUCUCUUCUAGAGCCACAAUAUUUUGGAGGUGUUCAGUUGGAUAACACUCCUUACACGUAUAUUCGUGGAUGUGCAAGCACACUGUUUGCAUCAAUAAGCGACCGCCCUCGCGAGAUUGACUUUCUUCAUACCGAAGCAAUCUGUCUACCUCUUCGACUGUCCCAAAUCUGGCCAUCGAUACAAACUGAUGAGCAUGUCCAGGUUCGUUUUAUAAUGUUUAUUCAGAAAUGA